AUGUCUGCCUUCGACCUCGUAAUCCUGUCCUCUUCCCCAAGAGAUCCAACAGACAGUCGCAAAGCGAACCGGCCGAAAUAUGGCGAGCCAUCAUCAGACGACCUUCCUUCACUCUUUGAGGUGAUUCAUCAGACGAAGCCGAAGAAAACCCCGCUUAGAAGCGGAUCGCAAGCUGCACAGAUACCGGACGAUGCGAUCACCGGCUUCACCAGCGUCGCAAAACUUGUCAAGGAUGGAGUUUAUACUCUUAAGCCGAAGGAGGUGGAUGUCUGGGAGGUUCCAUCCGAUACGGAAAACACAAACACCAAGAGAAAGCCGGAUCGAUCUCAAAAACGGACCAAGAAGCAGAACUUGAAGGUUCAGGAGGCAAACCCUAAUGGGGAAUAUCACCCCCGUCCAAAGCGGGUGCCAAAGAGGAAGAGCGACGAAUGUAAUGAUUCUGUUCUCAAGGGAGUAGAACUUUCACUCGGCACUGAACUGGACAAGACCGCCACGCCGUUAGGAACAAUCGAGGAUCACGACCCGCUAGAGAGACCAGAUCUGCCGCCUCGAGAUGCCAAUGACAACAAGAUGAAGCCGUCUUCUAGGCCCAGGAAGGAGAGGCGGCGCAAGAGCUCGAGGGAGCGUUCAGAAUACUUUUCACCGGCCGCAAUACAGGCCCAUUCACGGCGAACGUCGCCAGAAAAUAUUAAUACGGCAGAUUUAUCACGGGCUGUCUCCCGGAAAUCAAACUGGACCCCUCCAAAGCACUCAGAACUUCAGGGUGAUGUAGAUCGGGAUAUUCUGAGUGGCAGUGUUUCUCCACGCCCUGCAACGGACAUCUCCAGCUUUUUGGACAGAUUCGCAUAUGCCGAAGCAGAUGCCACGGUCUUGAGUAAGUCCGACGUUGGCGGUGAAGCUCUAACGAAGCGACGACGGAUAGAGCUGGUGCAACCCUUAAACACUCCAGUCAGCGAGUCUCCCCCAGCGCCUGUUCCAGUGCCUAUCCCCGAACCUAAACCGCCACAGGUAGCACCUGCAAAGAAAAAGAAAGGCGUUCGGACAAUCACGGAGAUUGCAACAGCACAUUACCGAUUGGAGCCUGAGCAACCACCGAUUGAACAAGCGGCCAUGCAGUCUAUCUGCAACGUACUUCAAGCCGGCCAAAAUCCAGAGCCCAAACCGCCCUCCAAAGCAACAAAAAGGAAGAAAACCGGCAAGCUGCCUAAGACCAAUGCUACCAUCACUUCGAAGCGGAAGAAGAAUACCGAACCAAAGAAAAAGGCCACAAAGGUCGCGAAGCCGAAGCUCGUAUCACCCAAAACUGUCGCGGAACGGCUUCACCAACAAAAUAUCCUCUUCGGAACGGCGAGUCAGUUGGCUGCCGAUGAAUCGCCUACCUUUACACGGCAAAUCAUCCAGGCAAUGCGAGAGUCGGAGCGUGAUGCACCCCCCGUUCGCCGGACGUCUCCGCCUAAAAGUCGCUUCCGGAGAUCAGUCUCCGGCCCAAGCAGGAACCUAUGGGCAGCGGGGGCACGGGAAAAUGAAUAUGACGCUGACAUGUCGCUCGAGGAAGAGCCUGUUUCUACCAAGGUGUCUGGCUUCCCGAGCUGGUCAGAGUCACUAGGUCUGUCCGGACCCAGACGCGGCUCUUCCGAAGCGGAUCUAAAGCAGAACACACAGACCUCAUUGCCGAAGUCUGGAGAGGACGAGUGGGUCGAUAUCGACCGGCUGAUGCGCGACGAGCCCCAGACAACCUCAAUGGAUUCAAAAACAGACACUUCUCUACGGGAAAGCCUUGCUGGCGCCGGGUCAUCUAAUAUCGGGUUAAAGUCGAGCGCUAUCACAAUAUCCUCCGAUGGUACGACACCUCCAAGGUCAUCGAUCAGCAGCGAAGGGCCGUUUGCCUUUCCGUCAAGACAUUCAUCAGUCCGGCCAACAUACCCACGACCUGAUGCUCACUUGAGUCAGGCACGCCUGCUCUCUACCUCUCCUGCCAAGAAAGGAAGAGGUCGUCUAAAUAAUACCACGGAGGCCACAAUCGUUAAUGACGAAGAUGUAUUUUUGCCCAUUGAGGAUAUUUGCGACUCCGAAGAAGGCUCUACCCCGUCACCGCCGCGGAGGAAUCCCCCUCCUAAGAAGGGAGCGGAGCUGCAACUCGUCUCUGGCAGCGCGGCCGGUCGGCAAACUGGCUAUCUCCAACCAGCCGAUGUGGAAGCUGUGGGUGAAUUUGUUCUUACUACGACAGAGGGGACAGACGCGGCUUUCUUGAAGUGGGUAGAUCAUCUCCGAGCGACGCUGUUCCCGGAGAUCACGAGGAGAGUGAAAGCUUCGACAGCACCGGAGAGGGACACAGAAGAUGAUCCUCGGCCAUUCUCGUGGCAUGAACGCAUCAUGAUGUAUGAGCCGAUUAUCAUCGAGGAUCUUGCAGAUUGGCUUCGUGACGAGGGACUUGCCAAGGCCGAGAUGCCAGCUGAGGCCCAAACGGGGCCAUAUGGUUCCCAGAGACAAGCGGCGAAACUAAAGGAGGUGAAGUUGAAGGCGUGGAUGGUGCAGAAAUGGUGCGAAGAGCGGAGCGUAUGCUGCAUUUGGCGGGAGAAGCAGCGGUGGAACCGCAAGCAGCUCUGA